AUGUCAGCCACUAAAAGGGAGAACGACGAAAAGGCAUGUCAGGCUGCCGACCAUUUUACAAAAAUUUAUUAUGAAGCAGCAGACCGGAAGCGCAAUAAGAUGAAUUUUUUAUAUGUUGAUGAUGCUACUUUGGUUUGGAAUGGCAAUGUUGUUUGCGGAUCAGAAAACGUGACAAAAUUUUUUGAAGCUCUUCCUAUAUCUCAACACAAUGUUUCAGCCCUAGACUGCCAUUAUUUGGACGAUGAGGGGACUCCGCCUUACCCUUUAGUUGUUUUCUUAGCAGGAAACGUCACGUUAGGUGGUGUGGAUCAUGCUUACACGCAAACUUUUGUUCUUGUUUCUGAGGACGAGAAAUAUAAAAUUAAGAGCGACAGGUUUCGGUUUAUCGACUGA